AUGCCACAUUUUGUGGUCACACGCAAUGAUAAAACACCAAUGAAAAUGCGAAUCGUAUUUAAUGCCUCGAACGGAACACAACCACUUAACAAGGCCAUUUUCAAAGGCGUGACAGCUUGGUAUAUCAUCCGCUCAUUGUUGUUCUUCCGCUUGCAGACCAUGGCAGUGAUCAGUGACAUAAAAUCUGCCUUUCACAACAGCACACAACCUGAACAUAAAAAAGUUUGUCAAGUUUUAUGGAUCGAUAAUGACGAAAACACGGUUUGUUACCAGUUCAAUCGGCUGCCGUUCGGCCUUUCUUCAAGUCCGUUCAUUUUAUACGCAGUGGUGAUGCAUCAUCUAAAACAGUAUCGAUCCAAAUAUCCUCAAACGGUGAACGCGAUAAUUAAUGGACUGUAUGUCGAUGACCUGAUAUUUUCCGCCAACAAUCAACGCGAAGUUGAACAGAUAAAAUGUGAUAGCCAGAUGAUCUUUGCUGAAGCAUCAAUGAUGUUGAGGAAGUGGCGGUCAUCGGACAAAGCCCUUUAA